GACUGUGGAGCAGAAUUUAUCAAUCAGUUGUUAUGUCACAGAAAACAUACUCGUAUACAAUUGUACAGGUUAUGUUUAGUUUAGUACUUUAGUAUUAGUAGCAACUAGCAAGCCCACGAAAGCGCUCGCCAGUCGUGUUGUCCGGACGGCUCGAGCCAUGAAUUACCGCACAAUAAUCCCGUUACUUUUCGCAAUAAUAAAUCUCGCGAAUGGACUAAAUAUUCUCACAAUACUACCAUAUCACGGAAAGAGUCAUUUCUUCGUGUUCAAAGUGUACCUUCAAGAACUGGUCAAACGAGGGCACAAUGUUACAGUGAUAUCACACUUUCCGGAGGCCAGUGGGAGCAAAAACUACCAUGACAUAAGCUUGGCGGGCACCAUUAAUAUAAUAGAAGAUACCAUGCCAUUUCACAGGUCAUUUUUUACUAUACUUGGUACUGGAGUUUAUUUAACUAGUACCGGAAAAAAGAAUUGUGAAGUUAUGUUAGCGAACAAGGAUGUGCGGAAUUUAAUUGAUCGAAAACAGAAGUUCGAUGUGAUAGUAGUUGAACAGUUCAAUAGUGAUUGUGCUCUGGGUGUUGCUUAUAAAUUACAAGCACCCGUAGUAGGUAUCAUGUCGCAUAUUUUGAUGCCGUGGCAUUAUAAUAGAUACGGAAUACCGAAUAAUCCUGCUUUUGUUCCUUUCCAUUUCACUGAAGGCGGUACUAAACCGACGUUUUUACAAAGAAUCGAAAGAUUUAUUCUAGACGUUUACUUCAAGACAAUAUUCUAUUAUGUGAGUCAAAGAAACAAUCAAAACGAGCUGGCUAAAUACUAUGAUGAUAUACCACCGUUAGAAGAUUUGGCACGUGAAAUUAAAUUUCUGCUUCUAUACCAUAAUUUCGUUCUUACCGGAUCGAGACUCUUUCCAGCGAAUAUCAUAGAAGUAGGCGGUUACCAUGUCAAAGACGCAAAACCUUUAACAGGAGAUUUAUUAAAAUUCGUUGAAGAAUCAGAACACGGAGUGAUCUACAUCAGUUUCGGAUCAGUAAUCAAGAGUUCUACAAUGCCAGCCGACAAAGUUAAAGAUGUGAUAGACGUAAUGUCUCAACUGCCAUAUAGAUUCAUUUGGAAAUGGGAAACUGAAGCACUUUUGAUGGAUAAAAAUAAACUUUAUGUCUCCCAGUGGCUACCGCAAAUAGAUAUUUUAGGGCAUCAAAAAACAUUGGCAUUCUGGACACAUGCCGGUAUGGGGAGCACUACAGAAGCCAUACAUUACGGAGUGCCGAUGAUAGCCAUGCCAGUAGUGGGAGAUCAGCCAGCAAAUGCUGCUGCAGUUGAAGAAAGUGGACUUGGAGUGCAGUUGCAAAUCAGAGAUUUGAAUAAGGAAAAUUUACUAGCGGCCUUUAAAAAGGUGUUAGAUCCAAAGUUCAGAGAAAAUGUCAAGCAAAUAUCGAAGGCCUGGCACGAUCGUCCAAUAUCACCCAUUGACUCUGCCAUCUACUGGACGGAGUUCGCCGCUCGUUAUCCUAACCUAAAUUUUACUGCAGCAUCAGCGAAAGUUCCUUGCUAUCAGUAUUAUAAUCUAGAUGUGUUAGCUGCUUUUGUUGUACUAUCCCUAGUUGUGUUUUGGGGAAGUAAGGCAUUGUUGACAUCGUGUUGCCGGAAAGCUAAAAAACCAGAGGUAGAUGUUAAGAAUAAGAGUAAGAAACGAACAAAACGAGAAUAAUUUCUGUUGAGAAACCGCCAACGAAGGUUAAGGGCGUAACAAACCCAUAGACUAGACUAGAGGGAGGGCUACCGACUAGCUGGUUUGUCACGCACGGCUGGUACCGUCGCGUGGUUUCACCCGCGUGGUUUCCUUUCCGGGAUACGGGGAAUACGGGGAUAAUUUAAAGCCUUCCUCGAUAAAUAGGCUAUCUAAAACUGAAAGAAUUUUUCAAAUCGGACCACUAGUUCCUGAGAUAAGCGCAUUUAAGCGAACAAACAAACUCUUCAGCUUUGGAAUAUAAGUAUAGAUUAUAAAGUCUUUCAGUGAAAACUCUACUCCGAUUGUUACCUAUUUGCACUACCUAAAAAGUUGAAAGAAUGACCAUACGACUUUUGGUAGCAUUGCUUUUGGCUAUUUUGAUUAUAUUUAGGAGGGUAACUGCCCCUUCUGCCUUCUCUUGGCCCUGCCCUUGACGAAGAAAAAGAUAUAACAAUAGCAAUAAACAGCAUGAAAGUGAAAUCUAGAAAGGUCUAUCCUAUUGAGAUAUAUCUCAAGGUUUACCAAUUCGUCUACCUACCUAAAAAUUCAGUCUUAAUGCUCGUAUAUACCUACUUUCUUUACCUUCUAGUACACUGUAUUAAAUUAUUUUCAAAAUCCAUUCCACAAUAUUGAUAUUAGUAGGUAUUGGUGAAUAAACUAGUAUUUAAUUUUUACACUCCGUCCACGAAUUUUUCAAUAUUUUGUUCUACCAAUAGAAAUGCACUUGUCUGAUUUUUACAGAUCACAGCGAAACCUCCACUCAUAUUUUUAAUAAAUUUUUUAUUGAUUUUUUAUGUU